UUUUCCGGUGUAUUCAAAUCUGGCUAUCAGUGUGUCUUGACGACAAACCUACGGAAUUCGAGAGGUCUGUAACAAACUCAAAGCGAUACGGAACAUCGAAACAUCGCAUUCUGACUCUAGAAGUCCUUAAAGACAGUAAUCGAAAACUAAACGGCGAUUAUCAAAGGAGCAGGUUAUGUAAUGGCUAGAGUCAACCAAACCGAGGUGUAACAUCGGUCCAUCAAACUGGGAACUUCCUGGCUUGGUACCAUAUCGAAAUGUCUAUGAAUCAAAGUCAUUCCGCAAACGGCAAUGGUGUCAUUCUGUUUUAUGGAGAAAGGAUGUUAAUUUAUUACGAUGGAUGUCAUGUAGAACUCGAGGGUCAGUUUCUCAAGUUUUCACAUAUGGGACGUUUGUACCUGACUUCACAUAGAGUGAUUUUUAUCAACAAAAAAGCGUCAUCAGGAGUACUAUCAUUCAGUAUGCCAUUUGUUAAUAUGAAAGAGGUUGACAUUAAACAACCUGUGUUUGGUGCGAAUCGCGUAGAAGGCAUAAUUACGGCUGAACCGAAUGGUGGCUGGCAGGGUGAAGCGAAAUUCUCACUAACAUUCAAAAAAGGUGGUGCAAUUGAAUUUGGCACAACAUUAAUCGAACUAGGCAGACGUGCAUGUUCUGCAAAACAACAUUUCAAACCGCCAAAUGCAUAUUCAUCUGUAGCAGAUAUGAAUGGUGCAGGUCAGUAUUAUGCUUGUCCACCACCAGCUUAUUCCGCGCCUUACAAUGAUCCAUACUAUGGAUUUGUACGACCACAUGAAGCAUUCACUGUACCUCAAGCAGAAACACUCUACCAAGUCAGAGCACCACCUCCAUAUCCUGGUGCAACACCUACCACAAUGGCUAAUGAUUUUGGACCUACUGGUACAAGUCAGUACACAACACCUUAUCCUACUACCUCGACAACUAUAGGAGGGAAUGCACCAUAUCCAGUUACCAACUCAAAAUAUGAAUGGGAAAAUCCGAUUUCGUAAUCUGAAAAGACUUGGUGCUAUCAAAAUACUCUUAAUGAGCAUACGAUCCAAUUAUAUUCAUAGGUUUAUCCGUAAUCUCUUAUGUUUUAGACACUAACUACAUCCAUGUAGAAUGAUUCAAAGUGUAGAUAGAACAAAAUAUGGUAACAAUAUAUAUAGCCACGUUAAACCUAUCAGGUGAUCCUAUCAGUAACCCCUUCAGAUAGAAGUUUGUGCUGAUGAUUUUGUUCAGAAGAACAAUGAAAGCUCCACAACCAAACCAUCCAGAUCAGAGAAGAAAACCUAACUCACCCACCUGAGCUAUAAAUCUUCAUCAUUUUCAUUUGUAUUAUAUAACCUUCUUUUUAAUGUUAUCAGCCUUUUAUAUUAAAACAUUACUGUGAUGAUUGUUUGGCAGUGAACUUGAGUAGAAAAUAUCUAUCUUAAAGCAUUUAACUAGAAAGUGAAUGCUAGUAUGUUACUAUAAGUUGUUCGCUAUGUUGAAUUUAAGGUUUGUUAUUCGAGCAGACCUUAUACUCGUAUCUAAAAACUAUUUCAUACGUUUCAAAUUAAUGUUACUAGAACUGGCAGCUAUUUUCAGCCUGGAUAUAAUUAGUCUUGUACUGGAUAAACCAGCUCAGGAUUAUACAUUAGCUACUACACCGAAAUGUUUUACGGUUAAUGAAUUGUGUUUAUAGAAAUUAUUCGUAGCAAUAGUAAUUUAGUUUAUAGUUCUGCUUCACUCUACUCGUAAUUAUUCAUAAACAUACUUAUCAGAGUGACUUACUUCAGGAGUAAUGCUGUCCUAAUAAAUUUCAUGCUUCUCUGUUCAAUAAUAAUUUAGAUGAUGUUCACAUGAUGUGGUUCAUAGCUUCCACAUAAUAAUAGUCUUUUUGCAAAAUUAUUUCUUGAUCUUCAGCCUACUUUUUCAACGCUUGUUUAUUUCUUAGAUAAUGUUUAUUUGUUGAUUGGGUUAGAUCCUAACUGUUAUAUUUUAAACAUGUAUCAUUUUAGCUAAAUCGAAUGAAGCUGUUGCUUUCAAUGGUCCUGCCAAUGUUGUAAGUGGAGGUUACUACUUUCCAGAAGAUCCUUUUAGUGUAUAUGUACAACCUAGUGCUCCAAAUUAUCCAGGCAACCCCCCAUCCUAUCUGGGUAAUACUCAAGAUAAUCAUAAUCAACCACCUCCCUAUCCAACUGAAAACUACAACCAGCAACAAAACGCUUCUAAGAAAAAUCAGUAAUUAGGCUUGAUUUUAUUUACCUCAUCUUUUUAUAUUGAGGCAAAUGAUAUCAUCUGGUCAUUAAUGAGAAAUUGUGCUAAUAUGUCUGUCAUAUUUUUCAACAAUUUUCUGAUUCAUAUUAACGACUCGGCAUAAUGUGUUGGUUACUUUCUUUUCGAUUCUUAUUUGAACUCAAUUAUUUUUUGAUUCACAUAGAAACAUCGUUUUGGUUGUUUUCUUCUCGCUUAAGUAAAUUAUCUGAUACCUUG